UUGAAAAUCAAAUAAGGAAGAAAAAACAAAGAGAGGAGCAAAUAGACGAAAAGCCGCUUUCGUUUCGCAUAUACCUCGAUGAUGGUGGUGGCGACCGACGACGACUUCACCUUUCCUAUCAAUUCUUUUUACCAAUUCGCUUGCUUAUCUUCGUCGUUGCCUCUGCUUCUCCUUUCUUCCUCUUCGACAUGGAAUCGUCGCGUUCUGCUUCGCUCGUUUUGAUUUCCUUCCGAUAGAUAGUCGUGCCCGCUGCGUUCCUGGAGGAGGCGGCGGUGAUGGGGCAGAGCUGCGGAUGCUGGUCAGCCAUAGCUGGUGGGUUUCGGGGAGAUUGUGGAACGUCGGAGGCCGCGGCCAGCGCAUCGCCUAACGCGAUCCAGCUCAAGACCAGUGUGGUCUACGACGCAGCAACUGAGACAAGAUAUUUAAAUGCUAGCAACCGUGAACUUGCCUCUUCUCAUGAGUCUGCUUUCUCGAAGGAAAAUAAUCAAGAUGCAACAUCUGAGGACAAAACAUCUCAUAAAUUACUUCAAUUUACUUUCCAGGAGCUGAAAUCUGCUACAGGUAAUUUUCGACCAGACAGUAUUCUUGGGGAGGGUGGAUUUGGAUAUGUUUUCAAAGGAUGGAUAGAGGAGAAUGGCACAACUCCUGCAAAACCAGGCACAGGUCUUACUGUUGCUGUCAAGAGUCUGAAGCCUGAUGCACUCCAGGGUCAUAGGGAGUGGGUUGCUGAGAUUAACUUCCUUGGACAAUUACAUCAUCCUAACCUUGUAAAGCUGAUAGGUUAUUGCAUUGAAGAUGAUCAGAGACUUCUUGUCUAUGAAUUCAUGUCUAGAGGAAGUCUUGAAAACCACCUUUUCCGGAAGGCUCUUCCUUUGCCUUGGUCGAGCAGGAUGAAAGUUGCACUUGGGGCUGCUAAAGGACUAGCCUUUCUCCAUGGGGGUUCUGAGCCAGUUAUUUAUAGGGAUUUUAAGACGUCUAAUAUUCUUCUAGAUGCAGAGUACAAUGCAAAGCUAUCCGAUUUUGGGCUGGCAAAAGCUGGGCCUCAAGGUGAUAAGACUCAUGUUUCCACCCGUGUUGUUGGUACAUAUGGUUAUGCUGCUCCAGAAUAUGUGAUGACAGGACACUUGACAUCAAAGAGCGACGUCUAUAGUUUUGGAGUUGUGUUGCUUGAAAUUUUAACUGGUCGAAGAUCCAUGGACAAGAAUCGGCCUAGUGGGGAGCAAAAUCUAGUGGCAUGGGCAAAAAUGUACUUAGGCGAUAGGCGAAGGCUUUAUCAAAUUAUAGAUCCUCGUUUGGAGUUCAACUACUCGAUUAAAGGAGUACAGAAGGUUGCUAAGAUAGCGUACUGCUGCCUCAGCAGGGAUUCCAAAGUUCGUCCUUCGAUGGAAGAAAUUGUAAAGAAUCUCAUCCCACUCCAAGACCUCAAAGACAUGGCUUCAUUAUACUUUCACUCUCGAACAUCACGAGAAUUUGAUUUGGCGUGUUGACAUAAAAUUGUCAACUAUGUUCAGUAUCUUGCUAGUCUUCAUCCACACCAUAGAGAUACUCUGUGAAUGCGUGCUUCGAGGUUGGGCAUGAUAUUCUACUACGUUAUUGGCUUGAUUCAUGGAUAUCUUGGAGCUGUUAUUAUGAAUUCACGCAUUUAUUUAAUAACUGUGGAUGGUGCGUGCCCAACUUCCUGUUGCCAUAUUGGCGCUGGAAUUGAGUUAAGAAACACUUGUUCCUUUUAGAUAUCUUCCUUUUUCUCUGUCACAAAGCAUGGCUUACUGUCCUCAUCGAAUGGAUGUGAAAUCAUUGAACAAUUAAUUAGUCGUUGAACCACUGUAUUAUUGUUGGAUGAGCUGAUUACAGUAAUUUAUCACCUUCUAAAUUGU